AUGAGAAUAUUUUAUUUGGCUAUUCUGUACUAUGUUAGUUCCUUCACAAACUCUCAAACGAAUUCAAACAAUUACAUUCUGAGAAAUCAUCAACCAUCCAAAAUAUCAAGGAAAAAGACUCGCAAAUAUGAUAAGCGUGACUUAAGUGAUUUUACAGGUUUUUCUUUUUUGUCGGAAAAAGAAACAAGUGAUAGCACACCUCACACAGAAAAGGACAAUAAAGAGGAGAAUGAGAAAAAGAGCGAUAAGGAAAAAGAUGAUGGGAAGUUAAAAAAUGAAGAAACGGAAAAAAACGACAAGGAAGAAAAAAAUAAGGAGAAGAAAAAAAAUGAUAAUAGUAAAAAAGAAAGUAAUGGUGAUGAGGAAGAUUAUGAUGAUGACAAAGCAGAAGAGGAGGAAGGGGAAGAUGAUGAAGGGGGAGAUGAUGAAAAAGAAGGGGACGAAGGAGAGGAUGAGGAAGAGAAUGAAAAACUCAAACCUAAUUCCAAAAGUAAAGGAAAUUUAAAGGAAGGGGAAAAAGGAGAAGAAAAUAAAGGAAAGAAAAAAAAAACGAAAAGGAACACUGAUGACGAUGAAGAAGAUUUUGAAGAAGAUGAGGAUGAGUUUGGAGAACAGGAGGAAGACGAAGAACAGGAUACAGAAAUGAGAAAAAAGAAACAGAAAAAAAAGGAAAAUAACAAACAAGAAAAUGGAAAUGAAAAAAAUCAUGAUAAAAAUAAAAACGAAAUAAAAGCUCACGUAAACGAUGACUACAAACAUCCGGAGCAUCACGAAGUUAACACUGCAGGAAAUAACAAGGAUCUUAGCAAAGAAGGUGGUCACAAGAACAGCAAUGAUAAUAAGCACAACAAUGACGAGGGGGAAAAAAUUCAUGAAGCAAGUAAUAAUAAACCUCAGAAUAAUCAGGCAGGUAACAAGAACCACAAUGCACAUAAUAUUCCAGAAGGAAAAGCCGGCAUACAAAAUUUAAAUAACAUUGAACAAAAUCAUGUCCUAGGUCCUACUUUAGUUAAUGCAACUCAAAAUGUAAUCCCAGCUUUAAGCGCGUUCGCACCGAAACGACAGGAACCAAGUGCCCACCACGAUAUUAAUAUGAGAACAAACGAAGAGAUACACAUCCCUGAUGAUAUUAAAAAAGAUUUUAUGAAACUGUUAAGAAGUGUUGUCGAACUUAAUAUUAAGGAAAGUCUACACAAAGGUAACAAUCCUCAGCCUCAUGAAGACCAGAGAAGAAAAAUUUCAGGGGUACCACCAAUGUACAGUAAUUCCCCACCAGGGCAUGGAAUGAAUAAUACAUCCUUUUUUAAUAGAAUGCUAGAUCAUUUUAGGAAAUACAUAUAUUACUACAUAGGAGCUUUCGUGAUUUUUUCUGUCUUUGCAUUGGCCAUUCCAUCUUCUGAUGUAAGAGAUAAAAAAACAAAGAAAACUACGAGAAGGGACAAAAGCAAAAUUACAAAUUACAGAAGAGAUAUUGAAAGCUGA